AUGCAGUGGCAAAGCAACGUAAGGGCCAAGGGUCGCACUGGCUCACCCAGAUUGAUGGCUGGCCUACCCAGUGUUCUGCUGUAUGAGACUUUGGCAUGGGAAGUGAGAAUGCCAUCAGAAAUUCAUGGUCUCAAAGGUUCCUGUCUGGUUAUACCGUGCUCUUACUCUUACACUUCAAACCCACCCACUAAACCACGUAGAGUUGUGUGGUAUCAGUAUGUGUCGAAAGGCUACCCUAUAGUUUAUGAUCCCUUGAAUCCAGGCGAUGUUAUUGACAAGUUCAGAGGAAAAACUGAUAUAUAUAGGCAUACAAACUCAGAUCGGGAUUGUAGUCUGCUGAUCAAAAGCGUGGAUCCGUCUCACAAUGGAGAACAAUUAUAUGCAUGGAUUGACCCAGAAAAUAUUGGAAGGCACACCUAUGAGUUUUAUGAUGUCACCUCCAUGAUUAUUGUUGACACAAAUCCCCAGCGGCCUUUCAUCAAAAUUGACGGAGGUUUAAAGACCGGUGACAGCAUUACGGUAACGUGUUACACCUACCACACCUGUCCAUACAGAAAACCAAACAUCAUUCUGAAGGGUAUUGAAGGAUCUGAUAAAAUAGAUGAUGUCCAUUUGGAAAACGGUCAAUGGAAAAUCUCUCUGACACGCACCGGUGUUGUGAAGGCUGAACGCUUGGAUAUUGAGUGUACUGUAACACAUCAUGGAGGCAGAACAACAAGAGCUACAAAAUCACAAAGUGCAAAAUGUGUCUAUUCUAGUAUAACCAUUGAGCCUAAACUGGCAGCAGAUAUCAUAGAGGGUGUUGAAAAGACCUUCACUUGUACCGUCCACCAUUCCUGCCUGAAGAAUCCUCCGAUCCUCUCCUGGAACUUUAAGAAUAUGCCGGUCAAAGAUGGAAAGAAACAACUUACAGGGUUUGAAUUGGCCACCUUUUCCACCAUAACCUUUUUGGGGGCAAAGAAAGACGAUGGGAAGAAAUUAAUCUGCACUACAAAUAUUUCUGGACAGAAAAUCACAGCAUCUGUUGUCUUACAUGUACAACAUUCUUUUACAGAGUCUCCAAAACCAAUGACUGCAGUCCAGAAUAAAUCUGUUUCCCAGAAACCCGAGUUGAGGACCUUUGACAUGAAGACAACUGGGCUUUACAUUCUAGCCCCCUCAUUUGCUUUGCUUCUCAUUUUCAUAUUUGCUGGAGUCAUCAUAUACAAGAAGUGUAACAGGUCAAAUGAUGCAGCUGCGGCCCGUAUACCAUCACCAAAGAGGUAG